AUGUUAUCCACGGAGAUUAUUAAACCUUUCCAAGACUUGAAUGAUGUUCCAGAUAAAAUAGCAAACGACUCAAAAUAUUGGCCAUUUUUUGAGCAUUGUGUUGGAGCCUUGGACGGGACCCUUAUUGAAGCAACUAUAUCAGAUGAAAAUGGUUUACCAUUCAAAGGACGCAAAGGGAAUAAAACAUGGAAUGUUUUGGCUUCAUGUUCGUUUGAUAGACUUUUCACAUUUGUCAAUGUGGGGUUCGAAGGUAGUGCCCACGACAUAACAGUAUGGAGUCAUAGUUUGUUUGAACCAAAAUUUAUGUUUCCACAUCCACCUCCAGCUAUUGUUAUAAAUUUAGGAAAAUACUAUUUGGUCGAUUCCGGAUAUCCUAACACUCUUGGAUACCUCAGUCCAAUAAAACAUGAUGAUAUUAGAUAUCAUAUGCCUCAGUUUCGUGUUGGUCCACCUCCUACAGGGAUGGUUGAACAUUUUAAUUACAGACACUUAUCCUUGCGUACGACAAUUGAGAGAUGCUUUGGAAUGCAAAAAAAUCAAUGGAGGAUAUUGAAAAAUAUGCCUAGUAUGGAGAUCAAAUAUCAGUUGGCUAUUAUGGUGUCAACAUUUACGCUUCAUAAUUUUAUUCGCAUACAUCAAUUAGGUAUCCAAAUAUCAAGUGGGGUUAACAUUGAACCAAGAAGUGAUACCAACAUUUUUAACAGAGAGCGCAAGAAUGAAAUGGAUAGAAUCCAACUAAAUAUAGCCAACGAUAUUUGGGCAUCAAUUCAAAGAGAAGCAGAAACAUCGUAG